UUAACCAUUCUCGGCGGUUUCACAGCCAUCGUAAACCUUGCAAGAGAUCCGAUGACUUUCUCUGGGCACCUCGAAGGCAUCUCCGGCAGGGGUGGGGUACCACAGGCCUCUUCUAGCUCUCGACGUGGCCUGCCAUCGACCCCGGAUAUCAGAUCCACCCUCACCAUCGCAGCCGCUGCCGACGCCUCGGGGCCGGGUCCAUUAAGGCAGCGCGACGCCGGUGGUUGGGAGGAGGAUGACGAUUAAAUCGUUGCUGUGGGGUGUGUUGUCCGGAGCGGCGAAGCCAGAUUUCCGCGGCCUAGUAACGACCCGAAUGCCCCAUCUAGGGGCUUUGUUGGUUCUAGCAGCUCCUCUGCCCCACCUAGAGUUCCGCCCCAGGAAUUGUUCAACGCGGCCGCUCCGAUUGUUGGGGUGAUGUGGUUGAUAGAAGAUGCCAUUAGCAUCAGGACCCGCCUUUGCUCGCCGAAGAUAACAAAAUUCAUACUUUGGCAUUUUUUAUGGCCAUAGAGGAUCUCAUUUCAUGCGCCUUUAUGUACGAAUCGAGGAUACAUGAGAUCCUCCAGGAAGAGAUGGACCCGGAAGCCGCCAGACGCGACGACAUCGGAGCAGCUAGCCCCCUCGUCGCUUCUUCAGGAGGCAUGGACAUGCAUCUUGAAUUGGUGCUUCAGGAGGAUUGGGAUGACGGUGACAACAACACCGAGUUGAUCUACUCGGGGACGAUGGCGGUCGCUGUGGUUCUGACGAUGGAGCAUAUCGUCGUCGCCAACUGCGUCGACUCACUUGCCAUCCUCUACCACACUGGAAGAAUAAUCCCACUCACUGACGACCUUAAGCACUGGAAAGCUCCAGGAACAUUGCUCCACCUUCAGAUGCAGCCUUAAGAAAUCCAAAAAUGGAGGAGCCAAUUAAUGGUGGUUCUUCAGGUGCUACUU